UCCUGCUGCUGAGGUUACCUGGGGUCAGAACGUCAGCAUCAAUUGUUCUGUCUCAACUCAAACUCAACAGAUUUUAAGUUCAAAAUUUAUUUUGAAAAAAAAUUCAAGUUCAGUUGGAGAAACCCAAACGUCAAGUACCAACUCUGCUACCUUCAACAUGCCUGAAGUCAACUUUGACAACGAAGGAUCAUACCAGUGUCAGUAUAAGAUAACAGUUGCAGGUCAAGACUUCACCUCCUCAAGUGACUCUGUCAGCCUCUCUGUGCCGCUGCAGCAGCCCAGCAUCUCCCUAACAUCUCCUAACAGAGGGCUGGUCUGGGGCCCUGAAGGUGCACAGAUCACCAGGGGUUUCAGCUUUGUCUUCACCUGCUCCACUUCCUCCCAUUAUCCUGGAGGUGUUUUCCAUCUCAUCUUCUCUGGUUCAAACCUCACCAACACAGAGCCAGCAGUCAACCAGUCAGCCUCCUUUUCCUUCCCGGUGGCUGAGUAUGAACAACAGGGAAACUACAGCUUGCCGCUGCAGCAGCCCAGCAUCUCCCUAACAUCUCCUAACAGAGGGCUGGUCUGGGGCCCUGAAGGUGCACAGAUCACCAGGGGUUUCAGCUUUGUCUUCACCUGCUCCACUUCCUCCCAUUAUCCUGGAGGUGUUUUCCAUCUCAUCUUCUCUGGUUCAAACCUCACCAACACAGAGCCAGCAGUCAACCAGUCAGCCUCCUUUUCCUUCCCGGUGGCUGAGUAUGAACAACAGGGCAACUACAGCUGUGUGUAUGAAGUCACACUGUCCUCGAGAACAUUCACUUCUACACAGACAGCACCGAUUAGUGUCGUCAUUAAAAGUAAGUAG